AGUCGAUAAUUCUUUGACGUUUCUUUUGUUUAAAAUUUAAAAUGUAUUUCUUUUAAAGAAUCCGUGUAACUUGAAUAAUUCAAGUCAUCAAACCAUGUAUCAAUUAUAAACUAUGAUGUCGGACAUAAUUAAUAGUAGUAACAUUUUCAUUUUAUUGUCAUAAUUUAACAAAUAUCUUCUAAAACAUGGAUAAUAAAAAAAAACGUAAUUUCAACAGUGAUUUGAAUAGUUGUUUACAAAGUUUAGACUCAAAUAAAGUAACAGAACGAAAGAUAAAACGACAAGAAAUUCAACAGUUAUUGGAAAAUGAUGAAGUCAUUGAAGUUUUGAAUUAUAACAGUAGUCUGCAACAGAUUCAUCAAUCUCAAAGUCUUGAUGAUAAUCUUGUAACAUGGAAAUGUCUUCUAAAUUGUUAUCACCGAAGCUUAAUACUUGAGGUUGAGAAUGAAGACAAAAAGAAGCAAAGAUCAGGUUUUAGUUACAAACAACCAAAUCUAGAAAACUGUUCUAUUUUGCUGAGAAACAUCAUCAAUAAAGCUAACAAAGAUAAACCUUAUUUACCUAUCAACGAUUUGUUAAAAUGUAUUCUUGAUGUUUCACAAAAUAAUACUUUUCAAUUAUACAUGGGAGAAGUUUAUUAUAAAAUUUUAGAACAAAGUAUUUUAUCUCGGAGUUAUUAUUGGCAUUCAUUAAGCAGUUAUUGGAAUGAUUUGUUUUCAUUGACUUACAAUUUAUAUAAUGAGGAUUUUGCAAAUAUGAAACAUGUUUCAAUAAAAAUCAUGAAACAUAUAGUAGUCAGAGGUGAUGCCCAUUCUAAUGUAUCAUUAGCCGUUAAAAAAAAGAUAUUUUCAUAUUUAAAACAAUCAAUAUUGGACACACUUCAGGAAAACAAUGACUUUUCCUUAAGAGAAGAUUUAAUUAUUCUUGUAUUUGAUGUUUGUAGAACCCUAUGGAUAGAAUGUCGUAAAUCACUUUGCCAGUUUAUAGAAGAAAACUGCACACAUUUGGUAAAUUUCUAUGAGAAUGAUAAACCAAAAAAGAUUCAAGAGACGCUGUAUAAUUUAUUAACUUUGUUUAUAAAAAUACAUCAUCCAAAAUGCAUUGAUUUCAACCAUAAAGAUUCGUAUGCUUAUAAUGAAAAUAAGUGGAUUGUUCAAUUACAUCAUAUAUAUGAAUUUGUACGUCGUGAAAUACUACAAAUUAAAAAUAAUUCCAAUCCUAAUUUUUUAAAUUACAUUUCGGAGUUGGCUGUAACAAUUUUUAACAUAGUAUAUUUUAAUAAUUUAGAUUCGUCGAUCCUGCUUUUAGAUGAAUGCCCUACUCCAAAACGAAAAAAAUAUGAUAUCAAUGUAUUGUCUUUUGUAAACGAUCUUACAAACUUAAAAACAUCAGAAAUAUGUACCAGACUUAAUAUAAUAACAAAAAUACUAGAAAAUCAUUCAUUACCAUUUCAUGAAAAGGAUUACAUACAUUUAUUAGAAAGUUUAACUAUAUGCUUGAAUUCUUAUAAGGACACAAAUUCAAUAAAGUAUUUAAUCAUUUGUUGCAAUGAAUUAAUUAAAUCAGAAAAUAUUUGUGAAUUGAAUCAAUUUGGACCUUUUCUUAAGACUGUUUGGACAUAUGCAUUAAAAAUGAUAAUGUCAAAUGAGAAUGCAGAUUUAUCUCAUAGUCUCUUACACUCCUUAAUUGUGUUAAUAAAUUGGCAUGAUGAAAUGUAUUAUGAUGUACUGAGACUAUAUUUUAACAAAACCAUAAAAAUUGAUGAUUCUAGUUUGAAAACUUUGGUAGUUUUGUUUAAGACAAGAGGAUUUUGCAGUAAUUCUUUAAAUAAAACAAACAUGAUUUUAUUGCUUGAUUGGUUAUUACCAUUAAAAUUGCAAGAUUCAUUACUAGUUGAAUCAUUCUCAAAACUAAAUCCCUAUCUUUUAUCAGAAGUAGUUGACUUAAUAUUGACAAAACCUAGUGUUAAAAAUUCAUUUAUUAAUCACAAUAACUUAGAAACAAUAAGUUGUCACAACUUCAGAAAUACACAUGAUUUUGCACUUCAAGAUUGUCCAAAUGUGCAACUACAAAUUGCUGAUCUCACACAAAAUAAAAGUAUAAGACGAUCGAUUGAUGAAAAUAUUUUUGAAAGAUUAAUUAAUUUUAUAGAGAGAAUUAUAGAGGUUAAAGAAAAACCAAGUAUUGCAACUCUUCAAAUGUAUUUAUCUAUGGCAAAUUUUUUAUGUUUCCUUGAAAAUUGGUUUCCUCAAUUUGGAAAUGAUUUUAAUGAAUUCAAAUCAUAUAAAUUGAAAUACAUGGAGAAAGUAAAUAAUAUAGUUACUGAACUUAAUACCGAUGUAAACCACCAUAAUAAUGAAGCAUUUGUUAAUGUUUGCACAUUAUUUCAUAAACAGUUACAAUUUGUCGAUGAUAUAAUAAUAAAUGAAUUAAUGAAUCACAAAACAAACAAAGUUAUUAUGACUAAACUUUAUAACUUGAGUAAAUAUAAUGAUUUUAAUUCUAUUGAUCAAGUAUUAGACUAUGAUAACCUUAAAAAAGAACAAAAAUUAAGUAUACAAGCGAUGAAGGCACUAUUAAGGACUUGCUUCUAUAAAGGUCAAACUGAUUAUCAAACAUAUUUGUUAGAAACCUUGGUAGAAGACUUGAAAGAAUUAGAAGGUUCAAUUUCUCAGUCAUACACUUAUUUCAAAAUUAUUAAUUUUCUUCAUAUAGCUUUAGGUUUGGACAAUUUAACAACAGAUAUGAUAAUCCAAUUGAAUAAGUUUAUUAAACAAAUAGCCAAAACUUGGUGUUCUCAUCAAGAAGGUUUUAUCAAAAUAACUCAGCUCUUGAAUGAUGCACUUCAAAUAACAACUAAAAAUAAUUCUGAUAAAGUUUGUACUACUAACCUUCUUAUGUUAAUUUGGUCAUUACAAAAAAUAUCUGUUACCAAAAAUUGUGGACCAAAAAUGGUUUGCGCUUUUGUUGAUUUACUUGGAAAUUUUGCAUCUACAAAAAAUGGAAGUUUUGGGUCAACAUGGAAUAUUGAUAUUAAAGUGGUACAACCCAUGAGUCCAAAAAUUAUAUUAUAUUAUCUAAAUAGUCCAUUUCUUCAGGUUAGAAUUUCUGCUAUUAGAUGUAUAAAAGUAAUGUGUGAUUCUUAUGAGAAUAAUCCAAAUACAUAUAUAUUAAACUAUGAAGAAAUGUUUGAUAUUAUAUUACAUAAAAUUCAUGAUGGGUUUACAAUAGACUGUGAUAUUAGUGAAGAAGAACGUGAAGAUGAGUAUACGAAUAGAAUUUACACUUAUUUAUUAUGCAUGCAAACAUUAAUAACAUCAAGUGUUAAAUAUCAAAAAGAAUGUUUAUUUGAAGUUCUUCAAACAAUCAAUACUAAACAAAUUAACUUGGAUUUGGUGAUAAAUAUGUUGGAAUCUAUAAAAAUUGAAUUAAAAAUAAAAUCAUUCAUGGAGUUAUUAGAAAAUAAUUUAAAAUUCUUACUAUGGAAAUGGCAUAUACAGUAUUCCACUUUUGAGGAAUUUCCAAUUAAGUUGUUUUCUUGCACAACAAUGGAACAGUUCUUUAAAAAAUACCCUUUUGAAAUCAUCCCUAUUUUAGUUAUAAAAAAUGAUUUGAAUUUUUUAAAUUCUAUGAAUAUCCUUCAUAAAGUAAUUGAGGAAACCUUUCCUGUUAUAUUUUCAUAUUUGUUGGCUAUUAAGAUUGUAGAUGUACCGUUUAUCAAUCAUGAUGAAAUUAAAAAAGUUAUUGUAGAUGAAUUGAGCGAAAAACGUUUUAAUGAACUAAUAAAGUUCCAGUGCUCAGAUAUUAUAUUACAAUUUAUCCAAAUGGUUGUCAUAAAUACUGAGCAUCCAAUUGUUCCGAUACAAAUUAGUAGUGAUCAGUUUCUGAUUUUGAUUAAUAUUUUUCAAGAGAUUUAUGUAAAAAAUAAUAUUCCAUUUUUAACUCAUAUGUCUGCAAAAAAGCCCAAUUAUAUUCAAACAAUUGUUCACAUACUGUAUGUAAAUAUUUUCAAAACAUCAACAUCAAAAUUAUGGUAUCAGUCAUUUUUCCAGUAUACUGUUUUUAUGAAAGCUCUUAUUGGUCAAUUAUUAGAUUAUAACCAAAUAGAUGAUUUUUCUCAUUUCCUAAUUAAUCAAUCUAUACAAUCAACUAUUACUUUAUUAAAUCAAAAUAAUAUUGAAAGACAUAGUUAUGUUAUAGAAUAUUUAGAAUGGUUAUUAAUAAAUCCAAAAAGUGUUUUAAAAUUAAAUUUAAGUCAAAUUGGACCUCUGACAUCAACUCUACGAACAUUGGCAAAGAUGCAACCUUCCUUGAAUGAAAAAUCAUUAAAUUUAUUAAAUAUUCUUAAAAACUUAAGUGAUCAAAAUAUUUUUUGUGAAACAAAGAAAGAAAAUGAAACAGCACUAUAUAAGGACAUAAAUUAUUUUCUUUAUCAACAAAAUGAAAAUAUUGAUAUAAUUCAAUCUUUACAAUGUUUAAAGCUUAAGUUACAAACAAAUGAAAUAGAACUUCAUAAUAUGUACCAAGAACUGUUAAAAAUGCGAGGAUUCUCAGAAGACUGUACUAAAAGUAUUUUACAUUGUUUAAUUUGUACACUAAUAAAGCUUACAAAAAAUUUUGAAUUUGAAGUUCAAAUGUUAGCUGCCAGUUGUUUGGGGAUAUUGGGUCCAACUGAUUUAACUACUCUAAUUUUACAACCAGAACCUGAAGUAUUGAAAUUAGAGUCUCAUAUAUCCCCAGAAUAUUCAUUUAUGAAACAUAUAAUUGAAUUGGUUUUAAAUUACUUAAGUGAUGAUAAUAUUUCAGUUUUGGAAGCAAGUAACAUUACCUUAUUCAAAGUUCUGGCAACACAAAAUGGACAAUCUUUAUAUGAAGAAUUAGGUCCAAAAGUUUUAUACCCAUUUAAAUCAUCUCAAAUAGAAGAAUUGGAUGUUGAAUUAUCAUUUGAUAUUGAACAAUUUAAUUUAUUAAUUGAUGAAAACGAAAUCUGGUGUCCAAUAGAUUCAUCAAUUUCUUAUAGUAGUUGGAUUACAAACAUUACAAAGCAUUUAUUGGAAACACUUCAAGGCUUUUGCAAAAGUUUACUGCCUAUUGCAGAAAAUAAACCUUUAUUUUGUGAAAAAAUUUUACCACAUCUUGUGUAUUUCCUUCUUGAAUACAUACCACCAACAAGGCCUAUAUUAAAUAAACAUUUGAAUUGGUUUUUUCUUAAACAUUAUAAAACCAAAAUGGAAAUGGUUUCAACUGAAAAAAUAAAAACAAAUUUCCAUCAAGUGAAUAAUUCCAUUGAAAAUAACAUUUAUUGUAAUAAAUUGGCUGUGCAAUGUCUUCUACGCAUCAUUAAUUUUACCAGACUUCAGCAAAAUAAUCCAUUACAAUCAAUUUUGGACAUCAAUUACUUAUAUGUGUCCCAAGCAGCUCAAUUUUGCUCAGCACAUUUUACUUCUAUUCAAUAUUUAGAGCUUUGGUGUGAAACUCAAUUUAAAAGAAUGAACAAAGAUAAAGAGUCAAUGGUAUUUAACCCUGUGGAUAUGAUCUCAGAAAUGUUACCUAAAGAAGGACUUUUGCUGCAAACAAUUCUCCAUGAAUCUUAUAAAAGUAUUGGAGAUUGUGAUGCAAUUGAAGGUUGUGGUUCAAGUUAUUUACUAAAUCUUUCUUCUCGUACACAAUACUAUCAACAACUUAGAAAAUGGGAUCGUGUUAUGGAAAAUUGUGAUUUACAGCAGACCACAGAACUCAUUUCUAAAGAUUAUUUAGAAGCGUUUUCCAAUGCUGGAUUACAAAAUGUUGCUCAUAUUAUGGCUUUUAAUGAUAGUUUAAAAUAUGACUAUUCUUGGCAAUUAAAUAAAUGGGAUUUACCAGAUAGUGGAGACAAGUCUUUUGAAUCAUUGCAUUAUCAUGCCUUACGAUGUGUGCAUCUGAACAAUUUAGAAAGGGUGAUUCCUAUAAUUAAUGAAGCUAGAUUAGUAGUUAUUCAAUCUUUAUAUUGUGCAAGUUUAGAAUCAACAGCAACAAUUUAUAGUCCAUUAGCCAAACUUAAAAUAAUUGAAGACCUUGAUGAUUUUAUCUCUACAUCAAAUAAAAAGAAAUUGUUUAAUAAUUGGUUAAAUCAAAAAACCAUAAAUACUAACGAUUUUAUAAACAUCAAUAAAAUACUUUCUCAGCGUUGUAAGUUAUUGGAUUUUGAUGGUGAUAAAAGAUCAGGCAUACUAAGAAUUAAAAUAGCUGAACUAGCUCAACAAAAUGAUUGGUUACAAGUAGCUGGAAAACAUUUGACAACAGUUGCAACUUUAAAUUAUUAUCAGAAGCAUACUAUUUUAUGGGCAAAAGUAGAGGAGACUAGACUUUUAUGGAAAAGAAAUGACUGUCAUAUGGCAAGAGUUCUAUUAAAAUGUGUUGUUGAAGAACUUGAAAAUUAUGAUUAUCCUUUCUUACAUUCAUUAGCAUUACAACUUUAUGGUUCUUGGAUGGAAGAAACAAAAUCAGAAACAUCAAAUGAUAUUAUAAGAAAAUAUUUCCAAAAGUCUAUCAACAAAAUAAAACUGGAACUAAAAAUUCAAGAAGAAUUUGGAUUAGAUUGUAAAAAAGUACUAUCAGAUGCUUAUAAACAUUUAUCUCUAUUCACGGAUACAUUAUAUCAACAACUAUACAAAUAUAUAAAAACUGAAGAUUUUCAAAAACGUAUGCUUGGAGUUGAACAGAGUUCAAUUGAAGGAGAAACAAUGGUUCAAUUAGGAAAGUCAACAAAAAACCAAGAAAAACUUAAAGCUGGUAUUUAUUUGAUCAAUCAAAGUAAGAUUGAUAUAUCUGAUAUAAGUAACAAAAACAAUGAGAAGAAUAAAUAUUUGAAACUAACUCUUCAAAAUUAUUUGCAAUUGAUGACGUUAGAUGAUGAAAGCAAACUUCCUAUUUAUAGAAUUGUAUCUUUAUGGUUAGAAAAUAAAGAAAACAAUGAAAUAAAUGAUAUUGUUGACAAAGAAUUUAUAAGAAAUCCUUCAUAUAAAUUUAUCUUGGUUCUUCCUCAGUUGGUUGCUCAUUUAAGUUCUGAAAAUAAAUACUCUUUUCAUAAAUCUUUGGAAACAAUCAUAAAUCGUUGUGCAAUGGACCACCCAUAUCAAACCAUCCCUAUUGUUUAUGCUGUUGCAAAUACUAAUAUAGAUCAGAAGUUUAUUCAAUGUGAACCACAUUUCAAUGAUGAAGAACAAUCUAGGGUAUUAGCUGCUAAGCAUUUAAUGUCAAAAUGGAAAAGAAAUACAAAUAUUAGUUCUAUUGUGAGAAAUACUGAAAAAUUGUAUGAAGCGUUUAUACAGUUAUCUUAUACAAAAUUUUCUUGUCCACAAGGCCAGCGAAGUUCAAUUCCUGCUACACAACCUCUUAUGAAAAUAACAAACUCUGAGUUAUAUAUGUAUCCUGCAGCAACAUUGCCACUAAGCAAACAUGGUGACUAUUCAAAUGUUAUAAGUAUUGUUAAAUUUGAAAAUUCAUUCUUAAACGCUGGUGGAAUACAUGAACCAAAAAAAAUUGAUUGUUUGUGUUCUGAUGGUAUUUUAAGAUCACUUUUAUUAAAGGGUAACGAAGACAUGCAUCAAGAUGCAAUUAUGCAACAAGUAUUUGUUUUAAUGAAUAGAUUACUGAAUUCUAAUAAAUCUACUGCUAAAAGGAAAUUGGCCAUAAGAACUUAUAAAGUGAUUCCAUUUUCAAAACAGAGUGGAAUUGCUGAAUGGUGUGUAAAUACUAUGUCUGUUAUGAACUACUUAAUAGGAACAAAAAUGACUAUGGGGGCCCAUCAAAAAUAUAGGCCAGAAGACAUGCCACCAGCAAAAGCUAAAGAUAUUCUUAGAUUAUCCCAAGCUCAAAGAGAUAGUGAAUUGACCAAGCAAAGAAAAUAUUUGGAUAUUUGUAAAGUAUUAAAACCUGUAUUUCGAUAUUACUUCUUUGAGAAAUUCUUAUCACCUUCAAUUUGGUUUGAAAGAAGGCAAGCUUUUAUUCAUAGUGUUGCUACUACUUCUAUGAUUGGAUAUAUAUUAGGCCUCGGUGACCGUCAUUUUAACAAUAUAUUGAUUGACAACAACACUGCAGAACUCAUUCAUAUUGAUUUCGGAGUUGCAUUUGAACAAGGAACUUUAUUGAAUACACCAGAAACUGUUCCGUUUAGAUUGACUAGAGAUAUUGUUGAUGGUAUGGGUAUUUGUGGCAUAGAAGGAACUUUCCGAAAGUGUUGUGAAAAAACUAUGUCUGUUUUACGCCAAAACCAAGAUGUAAUUGUCACAAUUACUGAAGUCUUAUUAUAUGACCCAUGUUAUCAAUGGGCAUUAACAGGAAAAAAAGCUGCUCAACUUCAAAAUGAAUCAACCAGAGAAAAUUCUCAUAUUAAUGAUGUAAAUGAAGUAAAUAAAUUAGCCGAAAGAUCACUAAACAGAGUGCGUGUUAAAUUAUGUGGAAUGGAACAAGCUGAAACCGCUGCAGCAAGUAUUAAUGGGCAGGUUAAUUUACUAAUACAAAAAGCUAGAGAUCCAAAUAACUUAGCAUUGAUAUUUCAUGGAUGGCAAGCAUACUUAUAAUCAUUCAAUGUUGUAUUCAAAAGAAUCAAUUUAGAAUAUACAGGAUAUUAUAAGGACCAAAGUAUUGGCAUUGGUAUUAAUUACAAGUAAAAUUAUUCAAUUAUGCAAUUUUGCACAGUAGGUAUCAAAUAUUUAUUACUUAAUUAAAAAUAAUUUGAUUAC